AUGUCGCCGUGCCAGGUCUCCUCUAGCGGGGGCAGCUUGGCCUCACGUUUGGCAGUAGGACUCUCAACGCCUCUGCUCCUGGCGGAAAGUAGGGCAGCCCUGAUGCACUCGGCAGCCCGCUACAUACGUAACUAUAGCUGCACCUGUAUCUAUGCCUAUACCUGUAUCUAUGUCUAUACCUGUAUCUAUGUCUACAGCUACAUAUGUAACUAUAGCUGCACCUGUAUCUAUGCCUAUACCUGUAUCUAUGUCUAUACCUGUGUCUAUAGCUACAUAUGUAACUAUAGCUGCACCUGUAUCUAUGCCUAUACCUGUAUCUAUAUCUAUAGCUACAUAUGUAUCUAUAGCUGCACCUGUAUCUAUGCCUAUACCUGUAUCUAUGUCUAUAGCUACAUAUGUAACUAUAGCUGCACCUGUAUCUAUGCCUAUACCUGUAUCUAUGUCUAUAGCUACAUGCGUAACUAUAGCUGCACCUGUGUCUAUGCCUAUACCUGUAUCUAUAUCUAUAGCUACAUAUGUAUCUAUAGCUGCACCUGUGUCUAUGCCUAUACCUGUAUCUAUGUNAUCUACAUGCGUAACUAUAGCUGCACCUGUGUCUAUGCCUAUACCUGUAUCUAUAUCUAUAGCUACAUAUGUAUCUAUAGCUGCACCUGUGUCUAUGCCUAUACCUGUAUCUAUGUCUAUAGCUACAUAUGUAACUAUAGCUGCACCUGUAUCUAUGCCUAUACCUGUAUCUAUGUCUAUAGCUACAUACGUAACUAUAGCUGCACCUGUGUCUAUGCCUAUACCUGUAUCUAUAUCUAUAGCUACAUAUGUAUCUAUAGCUGCACCUGUAUCUAUGCCUAUACCUGUAUCUAUGUCUAUAGCUACAUAUGUAACUAUAGCUGCACCUGUGUCUAUGCCUAUACCUGUAUCUAUAUCUAUAGCUACAUAUGUAUCUAUAGCUGCACCUGUAUCUAUGCCUAUACCUGUAUCUAUGUCUAUAGCUACAUAUGUAACUAUAGCUGCACCUGUGUCUAUGCCUAUACCUGUAUCUAUGUCUAUAGCUACAUAUGUAACUAUAGCUGCACCUGUGUCUAUGCCUAUACCUGUAUCUAUGUCUAUAGCUACAUAUGUAACUAUAGCUGCACCUGUGUCUAUGCCUAUACCUGUAUCUAUGUCUAUAGCUACAUAUGUAACUAUAGCUGCACCUGUGUCUAUGCCUAUACCUGUAUCUAUGUCUAUAGCUACAUAUGUAACUAUAGCUGCACCUGUGUCUAUGCCUAUACCUGUAUCUAUGUCUAUAGCUACAUAUGUAACUAUAGCUGCACCUGUGUCUAUGCCUAUACCUGUAUCUAUGUCUAUAGCUACAUAUGUAACUAUAGCUGCACCUGUGUCUAUGCCUAUACCUGUAUCUAUGUCUAUAGCUACAUAUGUAACUAUAGCUGCACCUGUAUCUAUGCCUAUACCUGUAUCUAUGUCUAUAGCUACAUACAAGAAGAAAUCUACUCAGCGCCGUUCAGUGACCUGUGUGAGGCAAGCCAGCCAGAGGCAGCAGAACCAAGGACAGGCCUGGGUCUGCGCCUGCCUCCCCCUUUCCAGGUGGACAUGCAUGAGCUGAAUCAGUGCUGCUCAGACUCCAGGAUCACCACGCCGGCCACUCCGUGA